CGCCAAACCUUCGAUCUACUUGAGGUCGCACCGCAUCACACCACCAUCCAGAAGAACACCGCCGGCCAUGUCACGGCAAACAGAACGCUACUCGCUCGUCGUCUACGGCGCUACGGGCUUCACAGGCAAGCAUGUCGUUAAUCAAAUUGCGGGCGAGAUCGAUGUGAUGCGAAGGGAAGUGGGCGCAAAGUUCUCAUGGGCAAUUGCUGGACGCAACAGCACGGUCCUCAACCGCAUGGCCGCGGAUCUGGGCGGACGAUUAGGGGAAGAGAAUCACCCAGGCGUCGUCGUGGCAGAUAUCAAGGACCAGAUAGGCCUGCAGAAGAUGGCAGAGGGAGCUCAUCUCGUCAUGUCUUGCGUGGGACCCUACGCCUUCAUGGGCGAGCCCGUAGUCAAGGCCGUCCUCGCAGCUAAUGAUGCGCUCCAGAAACAUGGCGACAGCCAGCCGUGCGACUACAUCGACCUAGCAGGCGAGCCCGCAUGGAUCGAGGAGAUGUGCCUACGCUACGGUGAUCGCGCCACGCGCUUGGGCUGCUCCAUCAUCCACUCCGCCGCCUUCGACUCGGUACCAUCCGAUAUCGGCGUUCUGGAAGCCAAGAAAGCGCUCAUCAGAAAGUCAGCCAUUCCGACGAGCGUCGAGGUCUUCGUCCGGCUCAAGGGCUCGUACAAAGAGGGCAUGGGCAUCCAUUAUGCCACAUAUGAGGCGGCCAUCAACGGCUUCUCGACACGCCUGUAUCUCCUACCCUUCUUUUUCGCAGACCCCUCCAUCAUCCGGCUCAGCCAGUCCCUCCAAGCACACCUGAAUCAAGACGUCCCACCUGUCGUCUUCUCAGUGUGGCUCGCCAUCCCCUCCUUGACCGUCCUUCUCUUCGCCCUCGUAGCUCUCACCAUCUUUGGGAUCCUCGCCAACUUUUCCCUCGGUCGCGCCCUACUGCUGCGCUACCCUCGCAUCUUCAGCUUGGGCAUGGUCUCGCACCAAGGUCCCACACAGGCACAGCUAGACGCUUCGAGCUUUGCAACCACUCUUGUCGCGAGAGGGUACAGCGCCGAGGCAGUCAAGAGCGGGAGUGGGCCGGACACGAGGGCUGUCGUCAGGGUGAGAGGGCCAGAGAUAGGGUACGUCUCCACGCCCUUGCUCUUUGUCACCGUGGCGCGUACGAUGCUCAAGCAGAGGGAGAAGAUCGUAGCCGGGGUGUUGACGCCAGCCGCAGCGCUGGGCCAGACGUCACUCGUAGACGAGCUCAACCGCGGUGGCAAGGUCAGAUUCGCGAACAUAGAGUAGGCGCGUGCAGCGCGACGAUUCGGGUCGGAAAGCUCUAUUUGAAUUAAAAAUGC